AUGGCGGCCAUGCAAGAUAAUGGUGUAGCUUACGCGCUAUGUAUUUCAGUCACAUUAGCAGAUUUUCCGCAAGUGCUUGCUUUGGCUGAAGAUAAUCCACAUUUUUUUGCCUCGGUCGGCGUACAUCCUGACUACGAAGAUAUAGCUGAACCCUCGGUGAAUGAAUUAAUUGCAUUAGCCAAUCAUCCAAAAAUUAUCGCUGUAGGUGAAACCGGCUUAGAUUAUUUCAGGCUUUCAGGCAAUUUAGAAUGGCAACGUGAACGUUUUCGCACGCAUAUUCGCGCGGCUAUCGCUUGUGGUAAGCCGCUUAUCAUCCACACUCGUAACGCAGCGGAAGAUACUAUACGCAUUAUGCAUGAAGAAAAUGCUCAUCAAGUGGGCGGUGUGAUGCAUUGUUUUACAGAAAGCUUAGAAGUAGCAAAACAAGCGAUAGCGCUGGGCUUUUAUAUUUCGUUUUCAGGUAUUGUCACAUUUAAAAACGCAUUGACUAUUAAAGAAGUGGCAAAACAAGUGCCACUAAAUAGAGUUUUAGUGGAAACCGAUUCACCUUAUCUUGCCCCAGUACCGUAUCGCGGUAAAAUCAAUCAACCUAGUUAUGUGAAAUAUGUGGCAGCAGAAAUUGCAUCUUUACGAGGCAUCACUUUUGAAGAAGUGGCUGCUGCGAGUACCGAUAACUUUUUU